UUACAAUUCUGGUUCGAGUUCUGUUCCAGAUUCGAGGUUAAGUAGCUAUCCAGCUGCAGGAAAGAUGACUUUACAAAUGUCUUUCGUAGUGACGACAGAUGAAUGUUGUCCGUGCCGGCCUCCAGUAGGCCACCAACUAGCUCGGGGGCACAGGAGUGUCUGAAAGCUGACGGAUGAGUACAUGGUGAUGUCUCAAGUUGCCAAUUUGUGUGAGCGCUCGCGCGCAUGUGCGUGUUUGUAUCCAAAGUGGGGCCAUCCAAUACGGGAUAAAAUUAGGCCACGGCGUCCUUAUAUUGCUGACAGAGCGGUGGUGGCCAAAAAAAGCCUGCGGCGGUGCAAAGCCAACAAGAGGGAAAGAGAGGAGAGCAGGACCGCCGCCGACAUGGCCAGCAAAUUGAUGGACCUGGUUUACUGGAAGAGCACGAGCAGGACCGGAGUGGUGUUCACGGGCUUGGUGGUGUGUCUGGCCAGUCUGUUCCAGCUGAGCGCCAUCACUGUCCUCUCUCACAUUUGUUUGGGCGUCAUGUGCGUCACCUUCCCGCUGCGCCUCUACUACAAGCUGCUGGAGCUGCUGCGCUGGAACCCUGGGCUGCAUCCUUUCCAGUCAUAUCUGGACUACGACAGUUCACUGACAGACAAGGAGACGGUGAUGCUGGUGGAAGAGGUGGUGCUUCUAAUAGCGUUCGCCGUCACAGAGCUCAAGCGUCUUCUUUUCAUUGACAACGUUUUUGAUUCGCUCAAGUUUGUUUUGCUGCUGUACCUGCUGACCUAUGUCGGCGUUCUCACUGCUGGACUGACUCUGGUCAUAACUGCUGUCAUUGCUCUUUUCUCCUUUCCUCUACUCUACAAAAAACAGCAGGUGAGGAUAAGGAGGAUUGUCAGAACUUGCAAAGCUUUUGAGAAGAAAAUUAAAACAUGGUGCCACGCGGUGCAUGAUGCAGUCAAGUCGGCUCGUGCACCAGGCGCCACCUCGAAACCUGCCCCCACGCCACCCUCCAAACAGAAAGUGAAGGCAAAGUAAAGAGCGCACGCGGGAUGUUUCGAUUUGACAAAAUGACCGUGGCGCUGGUGGUGCCGCAUCCUCCGUGAGUCCACCAUGACGUCGGUUUUGGAGCACCGUCUAAUCGAUGUUGACAGCUGAAACAAAGCUGCUAUUCAUUAGGAGGGAAUGUGUGAGGAGAGAGGAAUUUUAUUCAGCAAGAUACUUUGUGUGGGCAAACUGAUUCACACAUCCACUUCAGUCAGGGACAGCUUGCAGUCUUAGUGGUAACAGGUCUAUUUUUACAUUACCACAAUCACUGUGUUCCUGUCGAGAUGCAAAAUGAAGCUUUUUUUUUUUUUUUUUAACUGUGGAUAUAAUUUUAGUAAAACUGACAUGAACCUCACCUGCCACUCAUUUUUCAUAUGACGAUUUUGUUUUGGACUAAAAUUGUAGUCCUUUAAAAGUAGUGUGGGACUUGCCACCCCAAAAUAUAGUUUCAAAAGGAAACACAAGCAAAAGCAAACAAUUUACAAACAAUCCCAUCAAUAAAUUUAGCUUCAUUUUUAUAGAAUAAUGACACUAUAAAUGACUAUAUACAAAACAUCUGCAGAACCACCACGGCCAUUCACUUGAGAUUUUAGUGCUCUGUUAAUGAACUAUUUGUAAAUACAGUAGUGCCUUGAGAAACAAGUAGAAGGCUUUCCGUGACCACACUCAAAACUCUAGUCACUCGUAAUCGCAGAUCAACUUUCCCUAUUCAAUUAAACGGAACUACCAUUAAUUCGUUCCUCUCCCCCAAAAAAUAUAAUUCUGUCAUAUUGUGGUUUGAACUAAAUAAUUAAAUACAAUUACAGGAAAAAGUUAUUGUAACACCUUGAAUCAAUUGAAUGGCCAUUGUCCUGAUGCCAGCCUUGGCCACCUGGGGGCAGUAUCAUGCAAACAAAUGGAUAUAAUGUACAUGGACGUCUGUACAGUGGAAACAUUUUCACUAAUUUCAACUCCGAGCAGAGGAUAAAGAAUAUAUGACGAAGUACUGUUAUACUGAAUGUCUACAUUUGUUGCUGCACCAUUUCCAUUCAAUGAUCAUGCCCAAAGGGUUAUAAACUUGUUUCCCAUUAUGCAUUAGGAUUAAGCUAGCCGACUAAAGGCAAAGCUAUGUGAUUGCUUUGAACAAUUGUGUAAUUUGCUUUGUUUUCUCCUUGUAAUGUGUGCUUUGCUACAUAACUGGUGAUGAAGACAGAAAACAAAUAAGAUCAAUUUUGCUAAAGUUGUGCAGAUAGAAGUGAAUUGUCAGAAUAAUGCACAUUUAAAAUAGCAUCAACUUGUAAAUUGUCGCGCAAGUGGAGGGCCAAACUACAAAAGUGAUUUUCUCUUCAGCUGUGCCUUGCUUUAUUGAUGAAUAUGUUGCUGUCCUGAAAAAGAACUCUCCUAUAACAUUGAUGAGCUCAUGCUGUACUCAAACUAAAAUGUCUUAAUGAGCUACAAUGAAAAAAAAAA